AUGCGCGGUCUGACUUGCGUGGUCGUCCUGCUCUUUGUCUCCGUCGCCAGCGGAACCAUCGAAUCGGCGCACGGCGACAAGGACGUCGUGCCGCACGAGGAACAAAGUACGGGUAUCGCGUUUGAGACACCCGAUCUCCGGGAUUUUUGCGACAAAAAGAAUUAAUUCCAGUGCUUGACGUGGACACGAUUCUGCGGGCGAUGGGCGUGCCGUACUGCAUGCGCAAGUGCAUCGACCCGUUCAUCAACUCGACGACGUCGCUCUGGAACAUGCGCAACGUGGUCAGUCAGGCGCGCAACGUGUGCCGACUUCACGCCGACGCGAUCAAGUGUCUCGGACGCGAUCAAUUCUGCGACCAUCACAAGAUUUUCACGAAGGCGAGCAGCAGUGUCGAGUACAUGUGCGCCACGAAGCACGUGUUGUUCGAGCGAAUGGAGAGCUGUUUGAAUCCGGUCGUUGAUGACGUCAUGUCGAGUAAGAUAGUGAUUUUUCGAUAAGGCACACUGCUAAAACCGCUGAUUUUCUCUUUUCCAGCGUGCGACCAGGAAUGCUACUCGCGCGCCAACCUGACCGCGUUCGCCGACAACUCAAACAUCAAAUUCGCGGCGACGGUCGGCGGAAACGCAUUCAUCGUGGCCGAUCACCUCGGAGACCUGUGCGCGUCUCUGCAGUGCACGCUUCCGUGCGUUACGCGACGCCUCAACGACAAGUGCGCGCUGAGCGGAUGGCUGAGUCUCGACAUGCUGAUGCAGCCGUUCGACGCCGUCUCGGUCAUGUUCGAGCAGCUCUCGCCGCCGCUCAAGGACCUCAUCCUGAAGAAAAUCGACAAGCGCUGUCGGUUCGCCGUUAACAUCGAACGUCUCAAUCGUAUCCGCAACGGAGAUUUCAAGGCGUUCAAUAUGAUGAAUCUCUAA